AUGAAAUCACAGCUACGAGGAUCGUUAACCCGGCUGUAUUCGACAGUUGUGCGAGAGCAUGCCAAGUCUGCCCAAGUGGCCAAGCAGCUUGCAUCGUUGGCCACCAAGCAUCGCCAACAAGAUCCCAUCAGUUUCGACAUUCCCCAGGCGGCCACAGGCGGGGCAAAUGGUCGCCCCAUUUAUCUCGACACGCAGGCCACCACGCCCACGGAUCCAAGAGUUCUGGACUAUAUGCUUCAGUUUUAUACCGGCCAGUACGGUAACCCUCACUCCAAGACACAUCAGUAUGGGUGGGAGACCGAGACUGCGGUUGAGGAAGCCCGUGGGCACGUAGCCAAGUUGAUCGGUGCCGAUCCUAAGGAAAUUGUUUUCACCUCUGGAGCUACAGAGACCAACAACAUGGCCGUCAAGGGCGUGGCCCGUUUCUACAAGAAGACAAAGAAGCAUAUCAUCACCACCCAGACUGAGCACAAGUGCGUCCUCGACACGUGCCGUAACCUAGAAAACGAAGGCUUUGAAAUCACAUACUUGCCCGUUCAGUCCAAUGGUCUGGUUGACACCGCUCAAUUGGAGGCUGCAAUCCGCCCCGACACUGCGCUGGUUUCUGUCAUGUAUGUCAACAACGAGAUCGGUGUUAUUCAGCCCAUCGACGAGAUUGGCAAAAUCUGCCGGAAGCACAAGGUGUUUUUCCACACCGAUGCCGCCCAGGCCUUUGGCAAAAUCCCUAUUGACGUAAACAAGUCCAACAUUGAUCUUAUGUCGAUUUCGGGCCACAAGAUUUACGGCCCCAUGGGUGUUGGUGCCUGCUUUGUUCGCCGCCGGCCUCGCGUUCGUAUGGAGCCAAUCAUCACCGGUGGUGGCCAGGAGCGUGGUCUUCGUUCCGGCACUUUGGCGGCUCCUCUGGUCUGCGGCAUGGGCGAGGCUGCCCGGAUCGCUCACGAGGAAAUGGACUACGAUCAUGCGUAUGUUUCCCGUCUCUCUAAGAAACUCAAGGACUCUCUCUUGUCAAUUCCCGAAACAGUCUUAAAUGGCGACACUUCCCGCCAUUACCCAGGCUGCGUCAACAUCUCAUUCGCAUACAUCGAAGGUGAAUCACUACUAAUGGCCCUCAAAGACAUUGCCUUAUCCUCUGGUUCUGCUUGCACCUCCGCCUCGCUGGAGCCCUCCUAUGUGCUGCAUGCACUCGGCGCCGAUGACGCUCUGGCCCACUCCUCGAUUCGCUUCGGUAUCGGCCGCUUCACCACCGAGGAUGAGAUUGACUUUGUCAUUGAUACAGUUAAAGGCAAGGUGGAGAAGCUCCGUGAGCUUUCUCCUCUGUGGGAUAUGUACCAGGACGGUAUUGAUCUUAAGAGUAUUGAGUGGAGUCAACACUAA